AAAGAAAGUGUUGUCGUAAAAUAACAAACAAGAUCAAAAUGUCAACAAAAUUUUUGGGUUUAGUUGUUAGGAAUGUUUUUAAGUCCCAGGAACAAUGUCAGCGAUUAACCAGGGUCGGAUUUUGUACUAAAACAUCAGACACAUCAGAGGAAUUUAGUGUGCAAUAUUUGGAAGACGGGGCCAUUGCUGUAUUUAACUUGAACAGACCUGCAGCUAGGAAUGCUAUCAGUAAAAGUUUAAUGACAAAGUUAAGAGAUGCCCUACAUACUGUUAGAUUUGACAACAAUUUAAGGGCACUUAUUAUAAGAAGUUUGGUACCAGGAGCUUUCUGUGCAGGCGCAGAUUUAAAAGAAAGAGCAACCAUGAAACCACAAGAAGUUGGACCCUUUGUUGCAAGUUUACGAGGCUCACUCUCUGAUAUAGCAAAUCUUCCUAUUCCUACAAUUGUUGCUCUAGAUGGUACAGCAGUUGGUGGAGGAUUAGAGAUGGCCCUUGCUUGUGAUAUAAGGAUUGCAGCUGAAACAACUAAGAUGGGACUUGUAGAAACAAAGUUAGCAAUUAUUCCUGGAGGCGGUGGCACACAGAGACUAACAAGAGUUGUUGGCCCUUCUCUUGCAAAGGAACUUAUAUUUACUGGUCGUAUAAUAGAUGGUAUACAAGCCAAGGAGAUAGGUCUAGUCAACCAUGCAGUGCCGCAGAAUGACAGCAACGAUGCUGCGUUCCAACGAUCAGUUGAACUUGCGAAGGAAAUUGCUCCUCAGGGUCCAAUUGCUCUAAAGAUGGCAAAGUUAGCAAUUAAUCAGGGAAAUGAAGUGGACUUGGAAAGUGCCCUCAAGUUUGAAGAAACAUGCUAUGCUCAGACCAUUCCUACCAAAGAUAGAAUGGAAGGGUUAAUGGCAUUCAAAGAGAAAAGACCACCUGUAUACAAAGGGCACUAAUAAUCUAAUUAUAGUAUUAGUAAAUAAAUCUAUGAAAAAUUUCAGAACAAAUAAUUUUGUAUUGUAGAAUGAUAGUUUAAAGUGACAUGCCGCCGGACAUGGGUAAGAGUAAAACUUUGGAAAAUGGCAAAAUGCAACAGUUUAUAAAAUGUUUCACAACGCAAUAUCUUAAAUGUGGACUUGUUAAUUUUACAUUCAGAACAGAACCAUUGACAUGUUCUGUACUUACUGAAAAGUGAACAGUGCACAGAUGUGCUGGUAGACCUUGGUCUGCACCGUUUGCAUGGGUAGUUUGGGUAGCUAUCAGCAGUCAAUGGGUUAAA